GAGUGGCACUUUUUAAAAGUGCAGCCGGAGGCCCAGCGCGUCGUCCCCCCCGUCCGCACCGUCGGGUCCCCCAGCUUCGCGUGUCCCCCCGAGUCUGCACACGGCCAGCAUCAUGCCUGUCAAAGGCGGCACCAAGUGCAUCAAAUACCUGCUCUUCGGGUUCAACUUCAUCUUCUGGCUGGCCGGCAUUGCGGUCCUGUCCAUCGGACUGUGGCUCCGAUUCGACUCUCAGACCAAGAGCAUCUUCGAGCAAGAUAAUAACCACUCCAGCUUCUACACAGGCGUCUACAUUCUGAUCGGAGCGGGCGCCCUGAUGAUGCUGGUGGGCUUCCUGGGCUGCUGUGGCGCUGUCCAAGAAUCCCAGUGCAUGCUGGGGUUGUUCUUCGGAUUCCUCCUGGUGAUCUUUGCCAUCGAGAUCGCUGCGGCUAUCUGGGGCUAUUCGCACAAGGAUGAGGUGAUUAAGGAGGUCCAGAAGUUUUACAAGGACACCUACAGCAAGCUAAAGAACAAGGAUGAACCCCAGAGGGACACUCUGAGAGCCAUUCACGCUGCGUUGAACUGCUGCGGUCUGAUUGGAGGUGUGGAGCAAUUUAUCUCAGACAUCUGCCCCAAAAAAGAACUUUUGGACAACAUCCAAGUUAAGCCCUGCCCCGAUGCCAUCCAAGAGGUCUUCGACAGCAAGUUCCACAUCAUCGGCGCGGUGGGCAUUGGCAUCGCCGUGGUCAUGAUUUUCGGCAUGAUUUUCAGUAUGAUUUUAUGUUGUGCCAUUCGGCGGAACCGGGAGAUGGUGUAGAUUCAGCUGGCAGACACCUGAGCAGGAGCCUUCCCCCCGAUAGCGUUGUUGCUUGUUUUUAUUCUGGUUGCUGUCCUUGGCUUUGGUGUUGUUUGU